AUGCCACCACUACACCCUCGUGAUUCAUCCGCCGAUUCAAAUUGGGAAGCCCCAUCAAGCCCUGAAGAAGGCCCGACCCCAACCUUCAAACAAAAACACCCUGUUAAACCUAACCAAAAUCGUUUACUGGAAGCUGAAUCAGGCGUUAACCAAAGUUGCGAUAACGAAGAAGUCCUGCCAAGCCCUCCGAAAGAGCAUUCAGACUUUGAAGUUUGCGCUACACCAGAGGAAACACCGUAUACUAGGCAUUCUUCCCCCGAGCUCGGUGUACCUUCUGGGGAGAUCCUCAGAGCCACUAUAUCCAACCGCGAUCGAUUAUCAUCCCCCAAAUCUCUUGACGCCCAGUUACAGGAAGAUUCCACAGACGGGAGAGAGCAAGAUUCUCCAGAGCCCAGACAGAAUCCCUCGAAGGCUCCAGCACGCACAAAGAAGGCUUAUCACGCCUCCAAGAAGCGUCGGCUUAUAUUCAAGGAAGGCACUCCAACACCUCGAGAAAUGCCUCAAAGAGGAAGACAACCAGCGGCGUUCAAAUGCACCACAAUUGCAGAGGUGAGGCGGGUGCUGCAGCUUACUGGGAAGGACGCCCUCUACAAGGCUCUGCGCACCGACUUGGGGGACGAGAUGAUUAGGCUAGGGGCUAUCAACGCCUUGAAGCCUACGUUCGCACGGAAGGCUUCAGAGGACUCCAAGAAGAUAGCAGCAGCCCUGAACUUUCUUAUUGUUGAUCGAACCCAGAAGUCCAGCAGAACACACAGCCGUGUAGAGCGCGCACUAGACAAUAUAGAGGCCCCAGAAGACCCUGCACAAGGCUCGCCUGAGGAUCCUUGGAAGGAAUUGGGAAUCGCACCUAGACCUGCAAUAACUAUCCAUGUUAUUGACCCGGUGAAGACUCGAGCCUCAAGAAGCGCUGUCUACCGUCACUACGACUGGUUCGGUCCAGCUUCCCUACCCCCCUCACUUGCCGUCCUCCGGGAUGUUAGCUUGCAAGAGUUAACAAAGGUUGCGAUGAAGCGUGUGCCAAGGCCCCCCGUAGGCACCCCCGAGAGGGCCAUCCGAGCCUUCUAUGGAGCCAUCAAUAAUCCUCCGCCCCGGGGCGCCAAUGCGUAUCCGCAAAACCCGGAAUAUUGCCGUAUUGGUGACGCCGAUGAGUUGGAGGCCUGGCUCAAAACCAGUGAGGCAAAACCAUUGAGAGUUUGCGCGGUGCUCCAUAGGCCCGCCGCACUGCUUAGGGGGGCUUCUCACAGGGCUCAAACCCCCCCUCCCGAUGGGUGGGAUGACUUGACACCGGAUGAUCUGAUUCCGGCCGAACUUGAGGCGGACAAAGAAAUCUUCCAAUUCGCAGAUCGAGUGAAUAAGAAAGGUUUGCAAUUUCCUAUUCCCACUCAAGAUAGAGAUUUUCAAGUAAUAUUGGCCGUCCUCCACGAGCGUAUUGAGAGGUUUCAAACGCUCGGGAGAAGGCUCAAUAGGCAUUAUAGACGGCGCUUCCCUAAUGGCAUUACCUUUGAUUCUUGCCAUUACGAUUGUACUCGCUUUUGGACUGUUGCUGACAGAAACCACCUGUUCAGAGCGAAUAACGGCGUAGGGGGAGAUAGGCAUGAUCAAGCCGAAGAGGACGAAGAGGACGAAGAAGACGAAGAGGAAGAGGAAGAGGAAGAGGAAGAGGAAGAAGACGAUGACGACGAUGAGGAACCGGACAAUGAGGACGAUGAGGACUAUGUGGACGAUCUAGCCUAG